AUGGUCGAUGAGGCGAGCCAUCCAUCCCAGCCACAUUGCGUUCCUGCGAUAGAUGCGCCUGACAAUGAAAAGGUCGAUCAUAAUGACGACAACGAGGUCCCUACUCCCGGGACUGAUCAGCGUUCUCCAAGUGCCCCCGCCGCUUUAAGCCGGCCACCUGCUCAGUUACCCCUUAAAAUUCACUCCAUUCUUACCGUACCAUCCGCAUUACGCUCGCGUUCGCAUAUUCGACUCACCUGGGAUGUCCGUUUCUCACCGGACGCACCACCCCCCUCCCAAGUGAACCGUCGUGACAGUACAUGUUCUCACCACUCGAAUUCGACACUACAAUCCUGGCAUAGCAAUUCGAGCACAACGGUACCCAACCUGCAUAUGCGCCCUCGUUCCAAUACCCAGCCCGGCACAGAGCUUGAGCUUGCAUCCGACAUGCACGCUCGGUUGAAUCUUAACUAUAAUUCUUAUCCGGUGGCUGAACCAAUCUCUCCCAGUGCAGCCAAUGUUGGGGCGUCAGCUCAAGCAUUCGGUGAUCACCCGUUGGCGCUUGAACCCGCAACAAGCCCACCGCGCAGUCGAAUGCUCAUCAUUUGUAGAGAUUUGCUUGAGUGGUUUAUCCCCAUAUAUGCGUCUGACCCAGGAAUCGGGUGUACCGUACUCGAUGUGGUCCGAGGUAUUUACAAGGCGCUGCAGAGAAAGGUCGAAGUUUCCAGCCACACAAGGUCCUCGAGUGAUGGCACCCGGGCUGGACCCGGGUGGAAACGGGUGGAGUGGCUACGUGAUAAGACCGUCUUUGUAUGCAUUGGACGAGACGAGGCGCUUGCCCGCCGCCGCGUGCCCAAGAUUCCAGCAGAUGAGGUAUUUGUGCUUACACUCGCACGGCGUAGGGAAUGA